AUGUCGAAUCUCGUUUCUUACCACGUGGUGGUCUGCUUUUCCCCAUUUCCAGUCAUGCCAAAGCUCAACUUUAUCGCCAUUACCCUCGGCCUACCUCUUACUGCUUUUGGUUUCGACACAGGUUGCAAAACCUUUGGGCCCGCAAGCGCUUGCUUAUGCCCUAACCCAAAGCUAUCAGUCGUUUGCCCCCCGAGUGUCAUUCUUGGCCCUGAAGGAGCUUGCUGUCCCGACAAGAAGUGCGGAGCUGGCUUUACCAAAAAGAGAUUUGCACAAAUGAGGGGCAGUCCGGAUACGGGCUCUCGUCCUGUGACAAAAGACCUCGAUAGGAUAUAG